ACGUGAAGAAUUGAAUCUGGAAGUUUCGUGUUGGCAUCGGAAAUUUGCAAACUGUGUAUUAUAACAGAAGAAUCACAUAAGGUCAUAGGCUCAUAAAUAAUAGGAAGACAGGAUUACUGCGAAUCCGCGCUAUUUUCUCAAUUCUGAAGAAGAACAGUCAUUUAAGUCCACGCCGAACCCUAAUCUGCUUCAAUAUCUUUGCAAUUUGGAGUUAGUAUCGCCGGGUGAUUCGGUUUUGCAUUUGAGCCAUGGCCGCAAAAAUUCUUGCAAACUUGAUCAUUAUGGGCUCUGGGAUAGUGGCGAGAGCAUUUGUUCAAGCGUAUCGUCAGGCACUUGCAAAUGCAUCAAAGAAUGGUGUUGCUCAAGAAGCAGUGCAAAACAUCAAAAGAGGUAGUAAAACAAUGACGGAGGCAGAGGCAAGACAAAUCCUCGGGGUUAGUGAGAAUUCGACAUGGGAAGAGAUACUGCAGAGGUACGAUAACCUGUUUGAGCGGAAUGCUAAGAACGGUAGUUUUUAUCUCCAAUCAAAGGUUCAUAGGGCUAAAGAGUGCCUGGAAAAUAUUCAUCAGCCAAAAGGGGAUGGCACAAAUUGAAAUCUUUGUUAAAAUAGUUGACUUGUUGGCUUUUGUCGUCUUUUUCAAAUUGGGGGUUGCUGCCUUCAUGUUCGAGAUAAAUAGUUCUUGUUUGGUUAAUGAUCAUAUGUUAGUGAGGGUUAGAAAUGUAGAAUGCAUUUAGCCUUGAACUUCAACAGCUUCUAUUUGUAACCAAAUUUUUUGGCUCAUACCUAAAGUUCUACAUUGAGAAUUAAUACAAAUUUAGCUCUCCAGUUCACAUUAAAAUCAAUGGAGUAAAGCAUGUUUCUGUUCUAAGUUGUCAA